AGGCUGGGGGUGGGGUGGGGGCGCUAAAUAUUCUGUAAGGCUCCUGUACCGCUGGCGAUGCGGCGGGACCGGCUGGCGGGUGCUCGGCCCGGUUCUGUGCGUAAGAGUUGGCCAUGAGAGAUCCCCGCCGCCGCGAGCCUGGACCCAAGAUUUCCCAGCAAGGAAUCCAAGGCGAGAACAUCGGGUGCCUCCGCUUGGGCCAGGGAGGGACUGAAAUCAGCUGGGGAGGCGUUUUUCCCCUGGGCUGACACCCCAAAGGGCCCUGGAGCAGAGCUGGAGAGGUGGCCGCCGCGAGUUGCAUGGGGGGGUUGAGGCAUUUGUUUUCCGUACCGUUUAUCCAGCAGACGACGAGGCGAUUUAUGCAACAAUAUCCUGUUUCAGCACUGCCAAGGCUAUGCGAGAACGCAGUCAGGACAGCUUGGCAGGACUCGUGCUGUAUGUAGGACUCUUCGGGCACCCCGGGAUGCUGCACAGGGCCAAGUACAGCCGCUUUCGGAAUGAGUCCAUCACGUCCUUGGACGAAGGCAGCCCUGGAGGCUCCGUCGGGAACAAGAGCUCGCCGCAGCCUCCCUACCCCGCCCUGGCUCCUCACUUGCCGGCUGAAGAUGCCACCUUGGCGUCCCAGGAGAGCCCUACCCCACUGUGCACCUUGAUCCCGCGCAUGGCCAGCGUGAAGCUAGCCAACCCAGCCACCUUGCUGAGUCUGAAAAACUUUUGCUUGGGUACCAAAGAGGUGCCUCGGCUGAAGCUCCAGGAAAGCCAGGAUCUGGCUCCCAGUAACCGGGCUUCCCCAGAACCCAGUCAAAAUAGGGCCGGAUCUGCGCCUCCGUCGCAGCAGGACGUGGUUGGGCACAGGCCGACCGCCUUAACUCCCGAUGUCUGCCCUCUUCCUGGCCCUGGGGAGCCAACCCCAGGGAACAGGCAGGACAGGAACUUUCUGCAGCACCUGUUGGGGAUGGGCAUGAACUAUUAUGUGAGGUACAUGGGCUGUAUUGAAGUGCUGCAAUCAAUGAGGUCACUGGAUUUUGGCAUGAGAACCCAAGUUACAAGGGAAGCAAUAAGUCGCCUGUGUGAAGCUGUUCCUGGGGCAAACGGAGCCAUUAAAAGGCGUAAGCCUCCAGUUAAGUUCCUAUCAACAGUUCUGGGCAAAAGUAACCUUCAGUUUUCGGGAAUGAAUAUAAAACUGACCAUCUCAACAUACAGCCUUACACUGAUGAAUCUCGACAACCAACAGAUUAUUGCAAAUCAUCAUAUGCAGUCUAUUUCAUUUGCCUCUGGAGGGGAUCCUGAUACUACAGACUAUGUUGCCUACGUAGCUAAAGAUCCAGUUAAUCAACGAGCCUGCCACAUAUUGGAAUGCCGCAAUGGAAUGGCCCAAGACGUCAUAACUACCAUAGGGCAGGCUUUUGAGCUCCGGUUUAAACAAUAUUUGAAAAAUUCUUCUUUGAAUACUUCUUGUGAAAGUGAGGAGGUGCAUAUUGAUGGCCAUGCUGAAGAGAGAGAUCAUGAGUAUUACAAUGAAAUACCAGGGAAGCAGCCACCUGCAGGUGGUGUUUCGGAUGUGCGAAUCAAAGUUCAAGCCGCAGAACAAAUGGCUUACUGUCCCAUACGAUGUGAAAAGUUGUGCUAUUUGCCUGGAAACUCCAAGUGCAGUAGUGUAUACGAGAACUGUUUGGAACAAAGCAGGGCAAUAGGUAAUGCCCAUGAGAGAGAGGUACAGUACCAAAGAGACACCUCGUUAAUGAAGCACACAUGUCGAGUGGAUCUCUUCGAUGAUCCCUGCUACAUUAAUACCCAGGCUCUUCAAAGUACACUUGGCUCUGCCCGAAAUCAGAGCUCAGAUCACUCGCUGGGGAGCCCGUGGCACCGUGAAAAAGCACCAGAAACUGUUCAGCCAGGUGCCAUGGCCCAGCCUGCCAGCUCACAUUCUUUGCCACACAUUAAGCAGCAGCUGCGGAAUGAAGAAUGCUACCAUGGCAAGCUUAGCAGGAAGGCAGCAGAGAGCCUCCUAGUUAAGGAUGGGGACUUUUUGGUUCGAGAAAGUGCAACAUCUCCUGGCCAAUAUGUAUUGAGUGGACUACAGGGAGGCCAGGCAAAACAUCUUCUUCUGGUGGAUCCUGAAGGCAAGGUGAGGACCAAGGAUCAUGUAUUCGAUAAUGUUGGCCACCUUAUCAGAUACCACAUGGAUAAUAGUUUACCAAUCAUCUCUUCUGGAAGUGAAGUAAGCCUUAAACAACCAGUAAGAAAAGAUAACAAUCCAGGACUUUUGCAUUCAAAUAAAUGAUAUUAUGGAAAUACCAUCACACUGAUAUUUCAAGAAACUCCGCUUUGUGUUAGGACAAAAAGAUAAUUCAAACUUGGUUUCUAAAUAAAAUAAAACACAAACUGUAAAGUGCAUCUUUCCAAGACCAUCAUGGAUUAGGUCCUUUAUAAAACAAAGAACUAACAAAAAUUGAUCUUCAGAAAGUGAAAGUCAGAAAAGGGGACAAGGAUUGGUCCAUUUGAAAAUAAAUUAUACGUAAGCACGGAUGUCACUUUUUAAGGCCAUAUUGCAUUGAUAACAAGCUAAAAGCACAAUUAAAAUUUCACAUGCUAAAGACAACUUGAAUGAACUGCUUGGGCAGUGGUAUGUGCCUUUCAACUUGAUAAUUUGGGGACAUUUUCAUAUUGGGGAGAUUAGUUCUAAGUGUCUUCAUAUUCUAUAACAAUGGAACCAUUUGCCAAAAAAAGUUUUUCUUUGUUAUAAAAAUAAGAAGCAAUUUGCUUGUUGGAUAUUGACUUUAUUAUAUUUUCCAUUUAGUAACACUUUCACUUCAGUGUUAAAAUAAAUUUGACAUUGAAUUUGUCUAUGCCAGUGGAAUUGUCUAUGCCAGUGGAAUCAAAUCAAAAGCCAUCGAAAGCAUUGAUCUAUUUCAUUGGCCUGUCCCAUUUGCUAGUUAAAGGAUUGGGGCCUAAAUUGUUUGGCCAAGUGUUUCUCAGUUUUUGCUGUUUGGACUAUUUGUAUGCAGAACAUGACAAGCUGAAGAGGCCGAAACUAUUGGUCAUUUCUGAUUUAAUAUUUAUCCCUUCUCCUCUUCCCUGCCACCAAAAAAGUUCUUGAGAACACACAUUUAAACAAUGGCAAACAAACCAAUGUUCUUCAUAUUCAGUAUCCAGAUUGGUUCCAUUACUAUUUAAAAUACUGAAUUUAUUCAAGUAUGGGGAGAUAGCCUCUUGAUUGGCUAUGACUGAAUGAUAGUCCCUCACCUAAUGUAUCCAUAGCACCUUUUUUAGAUAUGACCAGACAAAAAUGCAGAAGAGAGAAAACAUAGCACACAAAACUAUUGGAAAGGUUUGUCACAAGUAGACUCAUUGGUAAACCGAUGGUGUCAUUAAGCGUCAUAUAGGGAAAAGCUCUGGGAUGGCUGUCAUCAGUGUGACCAAGAGCCAGUUGCUGAACCUGUCUGGGCUCCAGUUUCCUUGUAUAUAUGAGAGAGCUGGGCUAGAUGAAUUCAGAAGUCCAUUUCAGCCCUAACAUAUUAUGGGUCUAUAAAAAGCCAAUUUGCCAUUUAUUAGGGGUCAAUGUUGAUAACCAGUCUGUAUAGUUAAGGUAACAACUUCGGUGUUUUCCUUAAUCUGUGUCUGUACUCAGAAUGAAUGGCACAACUGAGAUCAACAUUCAGAUAGCAGAAACCCCACACCUUUCAGUCAAAAACAUUGAAACUUUGGAAUAACAUAAGUAAAUACAGUACAAGUAGGUUCAGUUGUUUUGAGUAGCAGAAAACUGCUUCAUUCCUUUACUUGCCUUUACAUAUAGAGAUAUGGUUAUUAUUAUAGAGCGGGUUUUAUUCUUAGCCUGAGUUAUCUGGACAAUUGCCUUAACUCCACUUCACUUUGGCUAUGUAGAUACAACUUAAUAUUUGUAGUUGUGAUGUAUUUGCUAAGUUUUAAAUAAAAUAUGGGAGACUUUUUUUGGCUAGAAAUUAUCAGAAAUUGAGCACACUGAACUCUAAUGUUUUUAUGUAAAGGUUUAUGAUUUUAUUUUACUUCUGCUAUUAAUUUCUUAGGUCCGUUUCCUUUUAUACAACUAGGAAAUAAUGUAUUUUUCAUCAGUUUUGCAUACACUGUAGUUCUUGGUUACCUGUCUUCAUAAAGUAAAUCAGGAGGGGUAGAGAUCAUAGAAACUUAUGGGUGAUCUAAUAACCUUUGUUAGAGAAAGAGAAGGGCUGUGGUCUCAGUCUGGCUUGAGCAGAGUGUUAGAAGCAAGAACAAGUUCCUGAUACAAAUAGAUGCAGAGAGUAUAAAUGAUGUGAGCAGUACAUGUGGAUAAUCAGUAUUUGAACUGUAAUGGUAUAGUAUUUGGAUGAGCAAAUACUACGCUCAGAAAUACCACAGACACAGUUAAAACAAAAUGAAACGACAAAGAAAUGUUUGAUUGCAUGCUAUUUUAAUGACACUUUUAUCUUCAUCUGUCUUAAUGUGGAAAUCUAUUUGCCUAUAAAUAUCUGUAAAUGACUUUUCAAAAAAAAUAAAUAAAUGAUUAUUGCUUUGUGACAA